AUGGAGGUCCUCAAAUCAUGGCUACAUUUUUCUGAGUCCCAAGGUCCAAAGGUUCAUGGAGAUAAGAAUUACCAAAUUAACUACAUAAAACAUUUUCAAUCUAUUUCUCUGCUCCAUUUUCCUACUCGUCCUCUCCGGCACUGCUUCCGGCGUCUCUUACCAAUUCUCCAACCUGUCUCUCUACGGCACUCCGAUAUCGCCAUAUCCAUCAAGGGAAUAAAACCGAACACCUCAAUCUCUCCCAAAUUCAACGCCACUGUUCGAACCGAAAAUUCUAACAAAAAGAUCGGAAUCUACUACGAGAGAAACAGCAGCGUCGCCGUCUAUUUCUUGGAUGUGAUGUUGUGCGAAGGCUCAUUACCGGCGUUGUACCAGCCGGCAAGGAACGUGACGGUUAUGGCAGCAAAGCUCAAAGGAUCUGGCAUUAGAUUAUGGAGCACAAAGCUCAAAGGAUCUGGCAUUAGAUUAUGGAGCAGUGCGGCGAAAGCAUUGAAGGUGGAUCUAAGAGCUCCAAUGAAGCUGAAGGUGUACUCAGUAAGGAGAUUAGGGCAAAAGUAACGAAGGUAACGGUGAAGACAAAAGUGAUGGAGGAGUUGCGUGAAACUGUGUUACAAACACUAUCCAUCCAGGUUGGUUUUCAUUUCCUUUAUUUCUCAUUUUCAACAUUCGAUUCUUCCUGUUUACUUCCCGCUUUUUUUUCCUUUUCUUUUUUUCUUCUUAAUUUGCUUUCUUAGUUUUCUUUGUUUUAUGUUUUUUUUAUCGUUUCA